AACAGUGUUCAGCUCACUGUUCACCAGCCCACUUCACACUCCGUACUCUCUCUCUCUCUCUCUUUAGAAUCCUUGAACACGUAUGUGUACGAAGUGAGAGAGUUUCAGAGACAACGAUCGAGAUGAUGAUGAUGAUGAACACGAAGAAGAAUCAGCAGAAGAGGCUCGAUCGACGCAACGCAAUCAAGAACAUCGACUACGACGCUUCUCUAUCUCCGUCGCCGUCUUCGUCUUCGUUUGAAGGCCAGUCUCGUCUCCGGACUCGGUCGCUCGAUCUUCCCCCUCCACUCGCCGUCGACGGAACUAGCUUCCGAAUCCAAGGAACCACCGACGGCGAGUUCGAUCGGAUCUGCCGAUCUCUAGGGCUUUCUGGAAUCGAAGAUUUUGCGAUUCCCACGGCUGCUUGGGAGGCUCGCAAGUCUCGCUCUUCUCGCUCUUCUUUCGAUCAUUUUACGAGCUCUAGGUUUCGAAAUCAUCAGAAUUCCGACAAGUUUGGGGUUGGAUCGGGUGAGGAGGAUGGUUUGUCAGAUGUUUUUGAAGCUAAGGUUGGGGUUAGUGGUGAUCGGUUGAAGAAUGGUUUGAAUUCAGCUAAGAUUAUUGAAGCUAGGGUUAGGCAAAGUGACGAGUAUGUGAAUAUUGUUAAGAAUUCGGUUAGUGUUAGAUCUACUAGGAACGGUGGAUGUGGAAUUAAAGGUGUUCGACCACCAGUACUUGAUCCUCCGCAGCCACCAAUGUCACCGUCUGUUAUGGAUAAUGUUAGUUCAAUUCGGGUUGAAGAUUUGAGUUCCGGAGUUGGAGACGAAGAAAUUGAUGAACGAAUUGGGGGGAAACAAGAUAAGGACAAGGCGUGUUUAAGAGAUACUAGUGUUGAUUCUGAAUCUUGUUCAGAUACAUCAAACGAUGACAAGGAUGAUGAUUCCUUUCGCAUGAAUAUGGAACCCCUCUAUUCUAUUUCGCCUAAUGGAAGCUUUAAGCGCAACAUCAAGUCUUGGCAGAAGGGUGAAUGUCUCGGAAGCGGGUCCUUCGGAACGGUGUACGAAGGCUUCACUGAUGAUGGCUUCUUUUUUGCUGUGAAGGAGGUUUCUUUACUUGAUCAAGGAAGCCAGGGCAAGCAAAGCAUUUUACAACUUGAACAGGAGAUUUCACUUCUAAGCCAGUUUGAACACGAGAAUAUAGUUCAAUAUCUUGGCACAGACAAGGUUGAUAGCAAACUCUAUAUCUUCCUUGAGCUCGUAACCAAAGGUUCACUUGCAAGUCUCUACCAAAAGUAUCAUCUGCGGGAUCCUCAAGUCUCUCUGUACACGAGGCAAAUUUUGAAUGGUCUGAAUUAUCUUCACUCGCGAAAUGUGGUUCACAGGGAUAUCAAAUGUGCUAAUAUAUUGGUGGAUGCCAGUGGAUCUGUAAAACUUGCGGAUUUUGGAUUGGCAAAGGCCACUAAACUGAAUGAUGUCAAAUCUUGCAAAGGCACUGCAUUCUGGAUGGCCCCAGAGGUUGUUAAUCAGAAGGACGGAUAUGGGCUUGCAGCAGAUAUAUGGAGUCUUGGAUGCACUGUGUUAGAGAUGUUAACCCGUGAAAUUCCUUACUCUCACUUGGAAGGGAUGGCAGCACUGUUUAGAAUUGGCAAGGGUGAACCUCCUCCUAUUCCUAAUUCGUUAUCAAGCGAUGCCCAAGAUUUUAUCUUCAGGUGCUUGAAAGUUAACCCGAAUUAUCGGCCUACUGCUGCUGAACUAUUGAACCAUGCAUUCGUGAAGAGGCCACUGUCAACUUUCUUAAGCCCUGCAUCUCCCUACUACAAUGGCACAAGGGCUUAAAAACUUUGAUCAACCUUUGGCGAUUGAAGAUGUAAGAUUUUGAGGCGUCGUCUAUAUGGAAACACAAAUGUGGUCAGGCAUGUUGUUAGCAUCCGUGGGAUAUUUGAUCAGCUCAACUGAUUUUGUAUAAACGAGCAGUUCUUACAAUGUUAAACAUCACACUUUCAUUGUUGUCUACUUGACAUGGAAUUUCAAUUUUUUUUCUCUUUCUUUUGUUCUUUUCUUGUCCUUUUUCCAUAUUUUUUUCAGCAAUAGUGUUCUUGUUUGUUAUGAGUACUUGUAUAUAUUUGAUCAACACUGUAUAUGAGUUAUCCAAAGCCAAAGUAAGUGUUGCCAAUUGAGCUGGUACAUGUUCUCCGUUU